GUUUAUUUGUCAAAGCUUGCAGCUCCUUCCUUUGGUGAUUAAGCGUCAAAUUGGUAGAUGAGCUACUCAUGGAAAACAUUGCUCUUACCGACUUGACAUCCCUCUUAGUUAAGGAAUCUACAGAAAACAAUGCGAUAAAUGACCGUCAAAUAUUUGUUGUAACUGUAACAGUACAGCUGAUCAAGUGAAACUAGCUAGCGCUAGCUACGGACAGUAGCUAGUUCGCUAGCGAGCCCAGGCAUUUUUGGACGCUUUGCAUCGUGUUGCAUAAAAUAGGUAGCUAGCUAUCUACCGCUAGCAACAUUUCGUCAUGGAUGAGGCAUGUCCUGCUUCCCUGACGGACCUGUGCCUGUCCCUGGUGAGCAGUAACCUGGACAGGUUCUGCGUGAAACGCGCCGAUGGCUCCCUGUGCCUCCGCGAGUUUCUGGUCUUCCCGCAGGAGCUGGCGGAUCAGCUGCUGUGCAAGAUGGCCACGGAGGGUCUUCUGAAUGACAGCACGGUGGGCAUAUUCCGCAGCUGCCAGUACCUGCGCCUGCGCAGGGCCUGCAUCCGCACCGCGCGCAUCUCUGCCGAAGCCUUCCGCCGCGCCCUCUGCCCGCACCGCCUGCUGGAGCUGGACGCGGCGCGGGUCAACGCCGACCUGACCAUCGCCGACAUCCUCCGGGGGCUGGCGUCCAACAAGGAGUGCCAGGACAGCCUCCAGCGGCUGGUGCUGAACGGCCUGACCAUGUCGCUGGAGGAGCCCAGCCGCCGUCGCUUCAGCUCCCUGCAGGGCCUGCGCUCGCUCAGCGUGGCCAACGUCGACUUCUACGACUCGGGCCUGGCCGACGUCUGCGCCCUGCCGCGCCUGGAGAGCCUGGACAUCUCCAACACCUCGGUCACCAACCUGACGCCGCUGCUGGGCUGCCGCGGCCGCCUGCGCUACCUCACCAUGCACCAGCUCAAGCGGCUGGAGAUGACCACCGCCCAGCUCCUCUUCGUGCUCAGCCAGCUGGACGGCCUGCAGCACCUGGACAUCUCCGACGACAAGCAGUUCACCUCGGACGUGGCCCGCCAGCUGCUGGAGCAGCCCGGGAUCCUGCCCGCGCUGGUCUCGCUGGACGUGUCCGGGCGCAAGCAGGUGACCGACUCGGCCGUGAGGGCCUUCGUGGAGCAGAGGCCUGGCAUGACCUUCGUGGGGCUGCUGGCCACCGAUGCGGGGUUCUGCGACUUCCUGUCCGGAGAGGGCAGCUUAAAGGUAACCGGGGAGGCAAACGAGACCCAGAUCUGCGAAGCCCUGCGGAGGUACAGUGAGCGGGAGUGUUUUGUUCGGGAGGCCCUGUUCCACCUCUUCAGCCUGACUCACGUGAUGGAGAAGCCACGCCCGGACAUCCUCAAGCUGGUGGUGAUGGGCAUGCAGAACCACCCGGUGACGCUGCACGUCCAGCUGGCGGCCAGCGCGUGCGUCUUCAACCUGACCAAGCAGGACCUGGCGGCGGGCAUGCCCGUGCGCCUGCUGGGCACCAUCACCCACUUGCUGCUGGAGGCCAUGAGGAACUUCCCCAACCACCAGCAGUUGCAAAAGAACUGCCUGCUUUCCCUGUGCAGCGAUCGCAUCCUGCAAGAAGUUCCAUUUAACAGGUUUGAGGCCGCCAAGCUGGUAAUGCAGUGGUUGUGUAAUCACGAAGACCAGAACAUGCAGAGGAUGGCAGUGGCCAUCAUAUCUAUUCUGGCUGCGAAGCUGUCCACGGAGCAGACGGCACAGUUGGGUGCAGAGCUCUUCAUUGUGAAGCAACUCCUCCACAUCGUGCGUCAGAAGACGGCCCAGGUGGUGGUGGACGCCACGCUGAAGUUCACACUGAGCGCGCUCUGGAACCUGACCGACGAGUCGCCCACCACGUGCCGCCACUUCAUAGAGAACCAGGGCCUGGAGCUGUUCAUCAAAGUGCUGGAGUCCUUCCCGACUGAGUCAUCUAUACAGCAGAAGGUCCUGGGACUGCUGAACAACAUCGCGGAGGUGGGGGAGCUGCACUCGGAGCUGAUGGUGCCGAGCUUCCUGGACCACAUCCGCAGCCUGCUGCACAGCCCCGAGGUGGAGGUCAGCUACUUCGCCGCGGGGAUCCUGGCCCACCUGACCUCCAGGGGCGAGGCGGUUUGGACGCUGGGCCUGCCCCUCCGCUCCACACUGCUGGAGCAGCUGCAUUCUGCCAUCCUGAAGUGGCCCACGCCGGAGUGCGAGAUGGUGGCGUACAGGUCCUUCAACCCCUUCUUCCCCCUGUUGGAGUGUUUCCAGACCCCCGGCGUGCAGCUGUGGGCAGCCUGGGCCAUGCAGCACGUCUGCAGCAAGAACGCGCCCAGGUACUGCAGCAUGCUGCUGGACGAGGGGGGCCUGCAGCAGCUGGAGGCGGUGAGGACGCACCCCGGCACCCACGCCGACGUCCUGCGGCUGGCCGAGGGCAUCCUGGACAGCCUGGAGCGCCACAGGGCCCGCACCGGUCAGCCGGCGGCCCCGCCCCCGCCCCGCUGCCAGCGCCACCAGGACACGCAGAACGAGAAAGAUACUCCGUGAUGGUAAAGCAGCGGACGGCGGUGGAAGAUGGGCGUGUUUAUGAGGAGGGGCGGGGGGGAACCGGGGGAGGCAGGUUAAAGAAUGACCUGCACUCUGUCCCUCCUUCAACCUUUUGUGGUACCCUGAACCUCCACCAGGGGGCAACAGAAUAGGGGAAACGUAUUCUUUGCACACACUGAAUGUUAUUUAUUUUUAUUUCCAUUGAAUUGAAGAUGGAUAUUAGUAUUACAAUUGAAAUUUAAUUAUUUGGUGAUAAGGAACUGCAUUAUGGAGUGUUAGCAAAAAAAAAAAAAGAGAAAUACUGGCUGUAUUGCAGGUGAACAGUGCAUAUGCUAAUAUGUAAAUGUGUUUAAUUUGUGUAGCGCUCAGUGAUAAAGCUCACAGACCGGGAGAGCCAGUACUGCCAGAGUCGUACUGGUUUUAUGGUUGUGCAUGACAGUGUGUGCUUGGGAGCAUGCUUGUGCGUCUGAAUGCUUUCUAUGUGAUUUCCUUACAUGUCAGUUAGUCCUAAGAAAUUGUCUAUGAGGCAAAUAUUGUAACAUAUGGACACAAAUGGCAAUAAUUAUAAUGGUCACAAUAUGGAAUGAGGUACAAAGGGGACAUAUAAAUACAAAUUCUUUUUUUAAAGCCGAAGUGUAUAUAACUGUAAUUGUUGGUAGUGCUUCCUGUGUUUGGUGCUACUGUAGGUUGUGCUUUUUUUGUACAGUACUUGUGUCAGUACUCCCAACAGCAUGACAGAUAUGAAACUGUAGUAUAUAUAUUUUUAUAUAUUUACUGCCGCAGACAAAUUCAAGUUGUUUUCUUGAUUUGUUGCAUCGUUUGAAACCAGCACAACUUGGAGCAGAAUAAUAUUUUAAGAGAUCUUUAUAGAAUGAAAAACCAAACCAGUAAGUAGAAUAACAAUCCACCAGCAUCUUAAUAUUCUCCUAAUCUGUGCGAGUGUAAGAGUGUGAAGAGAAGUCUUGCUGUGACUGUCCUUGUAGCUGAAAGCCAAGCAUUCAAAAAUGCUUCAGUCUAACUGCAGCCAAGACGAAUACUGCAUCGCCACUGUGUCAUUCUCCCAUUUCAUAAUUGCUGCCAGCUCCACUUUAAUUUUUAAUCAGGGAGGCUGUGGCCCCUUACGGAUCUGAUAUUGCACAGUGUGUGCCCUCUCUUCCAUUUAGGUUCCCCCCCCCGUAAAUUGGAGGGUGUAAAUCAAAUGGAAAGUUCUGAGCAUGAAUAACCAAUACACAUAGUCCUAGUUGCAUUUUUAUUACAAAUGUCUACCCUUUGGAAUACAACGGUGGAUAAAAGUUUCCACAAAUAUUUACAAACAUCAUAAAAAUAUGACUUCUUAAAGAUAUGGCUGGAGCCUGUUACGAGCUCCAGCAUGAAUCCCUUUGUCCACUCAGUAGAUGAAACAUAGGGGUUCAUUUGGUGAAAUGAGAGAAGCUGGAUUUGACGUUAGAAAUUACAUUGCAUCUUAAUCCAGUUACAGCUACCGGGACACGUUCAAAACGCGAAAUCGUCUUUAAGAGGCGAGGACAUGAAAUUUACUGUGUGAUUUCCGAAACGCAUGAGAACGAGGCGGAUCAUAAGCUGUAGUGAUGUGUGAACUAGUCAUCGGGCACCAUUCGUACUGGCCCGGGGUACUGUAAACCACGUACUCUUUUAACAGGUGGCAUGGGAUACUUCAGCGGCUCCAGUGAUCUUUCUAUGCAACUGAAGCUAAAAUGGAGGUUCUCAGACUGCUGUGACAUCUUCCGAGGGUACAUUCGUUUUGAUCCACGAAUAAGCUUUUCAACUGCUGCAUGGUACUUCGGUAAUGUUUUCUUUAUCUGAGAAAUCUGGGUUUCAGAAUCAGUUGUGCUUUUUUGAAAUGUGCAUCUUUAUUGGUGAGCAAUUUUGCCCAACACACUUCUUGAACGCUGGGAAUGUUGUUCGAGGGGGUAGCCCAGAGGCAACUCCCAUCCAGGGGUAUUACUUUUUUGCUGCUGAGAUAUGUUUUAUGCAAAAGAUGUUUCUGAAUAAAGAAUGUAUACACCC